AUGGUUCUUACAGACCCUUCGGAAAUAUUCAGAAAUACUCAAAAAAGUGGCUUCGUCCUCAGACAUUCUCUUCCCUCACUGACGCCUUGCAGCUCUCGUCGGCCUCCGGCCAGCCGUCUCCUUAACACCAAACACCAUGCAAUUAAAUUGCAGAGUUCUGAUGGAGAGAUAUUUGAAGUUGAUGUGGAAAUUGCCAAGCAAUCUGUGACUAUCAAGACCAUGUUGGAAGAUUUGGGAAUGGAUGACGAAGGAGAUGAUGACCCAGUUCCUCUACCAAAUGUUAAUGCAGCAGUAUUAAAAAAGGUCAUUCAGUGGUGCACCCACCACAAGGAUGACCCUCCUCCUCCUGAGGAUGAUGAGAACAAAGAAAAGCGAACUGAUGAUAUUCCUGUUUGGGACCAAGAAUUCCUGAAAGUUGACCAAGGAACACUUUUUGGACUCAUUCUGGCUGCAAACUACUUAGACAUCAAAGGUUUGCUUGAUGUUACAUGUGAGACUGUUGCCAAUAUGAUCAAGGGGAAAACUCCUGAGGAGAUUUGCAAGACCUCCAAUAUCAAAAUUGACUUUACUGAAGAGGAGGAAGCCCAGGUACGCAAAGAGAACCAGUGGUGUGAAGAGAAGUGAAAUGUUGUGCCUCACACUGUAACACUGUAAGGAUUGUUCCAAAUACUAGUUGCACUGCUGUUUAUAAUUUUUAAUAGUAGACAAAUGCAGCAGCAAGUCAAUUGUAUUAGCAGAAUAUUGUCCUCAUUGCAUGUGUAGUUUGAGCACAGAUUCCAAAUCUAUGGCUGAGUUUCUUCUAGUAUGAUUGAAAACUUCAUUUUUCUUUGCUCUGAAUAAAACUGAACUGUGGGUUCUCUAUAAGUGGCA